AUGGCGAACAUCGGCUUGCCAAGGCGAUUAGCGUAUCUCCUUUGAGACCUUUUGCUGACGAAGUUUCGAUCUUAGGAUAUAUCGUGGGGUUCCUAUUUCUUGUCAUCGUCUUUAGGUUCUCCAACCUUGUCGUCGAUGUUUUGUUCAGAUUCACUUUUGUCACUUACAGAUGUGUUGUAGUAAGGAAGUUACCUAGGAAGUUAACUCCAAUUAAUAUUGAUAAUACAUAAUAGAUACCUAAUAGAUACAACUUAAAGUUAGCGCAUGUAAGUAAUAGAUACAUCUACACAUGUUAAAUACAACCUCGGUAAUUCAAUUCGAUGAAGGUCCAAGCUCCUUAAUUGAAUUGCGUCAACUGUCUCAUCCUUCAUCCCAUCUUCAUCAUCUUCGCCGCUAUCACUUAAGACACAAAUACUACUAACAUAAAAACAAUAAUCGGAUCUCAUCCGCGAAAGGCAGAAACAUCUCUUAUCAACUUGUGUUUCCCUACCAGGAACUAAAAAAAGGCUGUCAGAAAGUGAGGCCGACAAUUGCUACAAUGGCUUCCUCUAACAAGCCUGAAAAGCCGAUUCACAUCCUGUUCGUUGGCGCCGGCGCCGUAGGCUGCUUCUACGCAUCCCGACUGCAUCAUGUAGGGACCGAACACCCACUCCUCUCGCUCAAACCGCGCUCCAAUUACAAAGCGAUCGCCGAUGCUGGAAACGUCCAGCUGCAGACCCAUUCGUUCGGAAACUAUGCCUUCGCCCCAUAUGCCGUGUUCCCCAACAUCGAUGCCGCCGUCCCGUCCGCGUCGUCAUCGAGCCCUACUGCUGCUGCUGCUGCUACCCCGCCGAGCGAGGGGUGGGAUUAUAUCAUCGUCACCACGAAGGCCCUUCCCGACCGAACCGAUGAUACUGCGACCAUAGCACCGCUCGUCAGCGCGAAGUCGUGUCUAGUGCUGAUCCAGAACGGCGUCGGCGUAGAAGAACCCUACCGCAAACGCUUCCCGCACAACCCGAUCGUAAGCGCCGUCACCGUCAUCAGCGCGGAGCAGAUCCGGCAUGGUGUCAUCCGGCAAAACAGAUGGACGCGGAUAAGUCUCGGUCCGUACGGUCACGGACUCAGCACCACCACCCCUAGCUCCGACGACCAGGUAACGCGUCUUAGCGACGAACGCAUGCGCUCCCUCGCGCAGUGGUGGACAGAACUCGGCGGCAUCCGCGACGUAGAAUCCCACACCGAGCUGGAGCUACAAACGAUCCGAUGGCACAAACUCUGCAUCAACGCCGCCUUCAACCCGACCGCCGUCCUCUCCGGGGGCCGGGGCAACGCAGACCAGCUAACCGACGCCGAACUGCGCAUCCACGUCCUCGGCAUCAUGAACGAGAUCCGGGACGCCGCCCCCUUGGUUCUGGGUGCCCCGUUCCCGGAUACCCUGGCGAGUCCGGAGAAGAUCGUGAAGAGCACGGAGAGGAAUACGGGGGGCAGACCGAGUAUGUUGCUGGACUGGGAGGCGGGCAGACCGAUGGAGAUUGAGGUGAUACUCGGGAAUCCGGUUAGGAUUGCGAGGGCGAGGGGCGUGGAGAUGCCAAGGUUGCAGAGCUUGUAUGCGUUGCUUGGGAGUAUGCAGAGGAUGAGGGAGGAGAGGGGGAAGGGGAAGUUGUGA